CUCCACUCCACUCUAAUUAAAUCUGGACUGCACCACCGUUCCCUUUUCUUCCCUUUCUCUCUCCUCUCUCAUCCAACCAUAUCGCCCCCUCUCUCUCUCUACUACUGCUCCCAAUCUGUCGUCCUGCCAUGCGGAUCCGCCGGCGAGCUUCUUCCUCGCUGCCUCUUUCUCCAGAUCCAUCACGCGCAUCGCGAAAUGGGAGCCUUGGAGGCGAAGGCAGGGAAGCUGGAGAGGGGGAAAAGUUGCACCCGGUUGGGGAUCGGUAUCGUUAUGAUUUAGGGGGGAGGCGUUGCAAUGGACUGCCUGCGACUUGUUCGAGUCCAUGCUCAGAUUCGGGGAGCCACCGCCGCAGUGACAGUAGCGGAAGCAGUAGUAGUAGUGCGCAACGGGGAAGAGGGAAAGAUGGGAUCAAUAGCGGCGAGACGAUGAGUGGCAGUUCAGUCGCAGUAGAUCAUGGAAAUGGGUCAGGGGGAGGAAAGACCAAGGGGAAGGCGAAGGCGAGAGCCGGCGCUGGCCUGGCUUCUGCUAGCAGUAGUUGCACUAUGGUUGUUCAUGAGGAAACGGAUAAAGGGCUGAAUUUGAACGGGAAGAAACGGCAGCGGAGGAGCCCGGCGGUGCUGAUGGAGGGUUCACGGUGCAGCCGCGUGAAUGGAAGGGGGUGGCGGUGCUGCCAGCAGACGCUCGUCGGCUACUCUCUCUGCGAGCACCAUCUUGGCAAAGGACGGCUCAGGAGCAUGAGCGCUUCCGCGAGAGGUCAAUUGGGGACGAGUAAGCCUAGAUGGGGCAGCGUCGAUGCAAGGAACGGUACCACUUUAUCCCGCCAUCAAAAGGUGGAGGAGGAAUUAGAGGAAGUAAAGCAAAGGCUGCAGCAGUCGGAUGAUGAUCCCUGCAAUAUUGCUAUCACUGAUAGUAAUGGAGCUGAUAAGAUAGCAGAAGAAGAGGGGGAUGAGGCGGAGAUGACGAGUAGCAAGAGGAAGAAGAUUGGAGUGGUGAAGGCUCGGAAAAUCAGUAGUUUGCUCGACUAUUCUGACCACUCGAUGCUGUCACACGCGCAGGAAGUUGCCUUGUUGCCUUCAACUAAUGGCAUUGGCAACGAUGAACAUUCAAGACCUCUCCACUAAACACCAGUCUUUGAAGUGAAUGAGGUGUGGAGCCUUCAAUCUGAUGGUGUGAAGCUGUCACUAGGUACAUCAAGCUUUUGCUUCUACCAAGGUUUUAAAUUUUAUUUCUACCCUUUACUUUUCGAUGCAAAUGUGUAGGG